AAAAGGAUCAAAUGAAGCGACAUCGUGAAAAACCAUAAUCAGAGCUUAUCCUCACCCAAUCUUAUCUCAUCAUGAAGUCACAAUUCACUUGCAUUGCUUUUGCUGCUAUUCUCAUUUCUCAAGUUGCUGCCGUAUCAAAGCGCGGUAUCGCAUGGCCAUACUUUGAGAAGUACGACGUCAGCACAUUUUACGCAAAUGGCAAAGUUGGCUGGGUAUAUGAUUAUGAAAAAUACAAACCAACCGGAGGACCAGUACCAAAUGGCAUGGAAUUUGAUGUUAUGCAACGUGUAGAUGAUAGCAGCAUUGGACAAUUAGCAAGCGCUGCAGCCCAAAACGGUCCUUAUGUUUUAGGUUUCAACGAGCCCGAUAACGCUGGUCAAGCAAAUUUGUCACCUCAGCAAGCAGCAAGCCUCUGGAAACAAUACUUUGAACCUUUACGUUCGCAAGGUAAAAAGUUGGUUGCUCCUGCUAUUACUUCUUCCAGUAAUCAGGGCCAAGGCUUGAGUUGGUUGGACGAAUUCGUUGCAGCUUGUUCAGGCUGCCAUUUUGAUGCAUAUGCAUUCCAUCCGUAUGCUUCAAACGCUGACGCCGUUCAAGGUUCGGUUAACUACUUUGUAAACUAUAAGAAUGGAGCCUAUACUCCUGCAUGGAUCACUGAAUUUGGUCGUUCACCAGAUACUGUUUCAAAUGCAGGCGGCGCUCAAUUCAUUCAGUCGGUGAUCAAUUACCUCGAUAGCGAGCCCCGUGUACAGCGUUAUGCCUACCUUGCACGUUUUGAUCCAAACAGUGUCAACGUGCAACGUGAUUUACAAAACGCCGAUGGCUCAAAAACCGCUUUAGGCAACGUUUAUGUCAGUUAAUUCGUGCAAUUGUUGAAGAAAUUCCUGUCAAACUUUAUAACUUCUUAGUCCCCGUUUCCUUCUUGCGUAACGUAGGAUUUUUAUUUCAUAUUUCA